AGGUGGAGUAAAACCGAUCCUGCAGGAUGAACAGCGCAAGGCUGAGGAAACAUGCAUGAAAACAGACUGCAGAUGGGCAAGAUAAACAGGAUCCCCGGGCUGUGACUGAGUAGGCAGGCCUCUUUAAUGGCUCUUAGCAACGCCCCUGCUUUGACCCUCCUCAUAUGUGAGGAAAAUCAAGUCAAUACACUGCUCUUCAAACCAGGAUGCUGCAGCAGCAGCAGGGCAUUGUGGCAGCUUUCAUCUCAUAAAUUCAUCAACGCUUUUCAGUUUGCUGAUCUCUGGAUAUCUAUCCCUGCAUCUCUGCUGAGGAAGACCCUAACUGCAGCUUUAAUCGGAUUGUUUGAGGUCCCAUGUACAACCUUCUUCUUAUUGGCAAGUAUUAGAGAUGGCUAACAGAGGACCAAGCUAUGGCUUAAGCCGAGAAGUUCAGGAAAAGAUUGAACAGAAAUAUGACCCGGAAUUAGAGUCUAGGCUGGUGAACUGGAUUAUUGUACAGUGUGGAGAACAGAUAGAGCACCCUCCUCCUGGAAGGCAACAUUUUCAGACGUGGUUGAUGGACGGAACGCUGUUAUGCAAGUUAAUAAACAGUUUACAUCCUAAGGGAAAUGAGCCCAUUGCAAAGAUCUCUGAAUCAAAAAUGGCUUUCAAGCAGAUGGAGCAAAUUUCUCAGUUCUUAAAAGCUGCUGAAAUCUACGGAGUAAGAACAACAGAUAUUUUCCAGACAGUGGAUUUAUGGGAAGGGAAGGACAUGGCAGCAGUGCAGAGAACCUUAAUGGCUCUAGGCAGUUUGGCAGUCACCAAGGAUGACGGCUGCUACAAAGGGGAUCCAUCCUGGUUUCACAGGAAAGCACAGCAGAAUCGACGAGGGUUUUCAGAAGAGCAGCUUCGUCAGGGACAGAACGUAAUAGGCCUUCAGAUGGGAAGCAACAAAGGAGCAUCACAGUCGGGUAUGACAGGCUAUGGGAUGCCAAGGCAGAUUAUCUAAAAGCAUCUCCCUCUGUAGGGAAAAACACGCCUUCUGCAGCAUGAUCUGUUAAAAAAAAAAAAAAAAAAAAGCAAGCUCAUUAGUUCCCUUUUUGCCUGGUUUUUAAUAGUUAGUGCUCUCAAAGGUUUGGAGUAUUUUUGGUUUGGUUUGUCUUAUUUGCAGCUGUAAGAGUUCAUCUAGAAACUCGGGUUUUUGUGGUGGUGUGUGUCUGUUCACAGCACGUGCGCACUGCUGCCUCCUACUUUUCACUUCUGAACUAUGCAAAGACAAUUAUUCUGUAUUAAUUUAUUUGCAAAGUGUUAUCUUCCGUAUUUGUCUCACACCACACUUGUAUUUCAACCAGUAACCUCGUUCUUCAAUUCAGUGAUGAUAUUGUUUGACUAAGAAUAAAGAAAAUCAAAGAUA